AUGAAAGAUGUCGAAAGGUAUUUUGGCAUCCUCCAAACUCGAUGGUUGAUUAUUCGAGGUGCGGCGUGUAUGUUUGAUGAGGAGGUCCUGAGAAGCAUUAUGAUGACUUGCAUCAUCCUCCAUAAUAUGAUUGUGGAGGAUGAGUAUGAUUACGAUGUUGCAGAGGUCUACGAACCGGAUCCCAUGAACACGACCUUGACACGAAUUUAUGAAAGGCCCAUGGGGUCAAGUGGAGAACCAUUUGAGCUGGAUCCGUUGGUUAGAGAUGGUCGUUUCAUGAACCAUAUAAUAGAUCGAUAUACAGAGAUGCAAUCUUCGUAUAUUCAUGAAAGGUGUCAACUUGACUUGAGAACCAUAAACUGGUCAACAAGUCAGCUUUCUUUGGUGUGCGAGCGUGCCACUGCUAGCAAGCAUUUCUAG